GUCUCGUUAUCCCACACAUCCUGCAAGUCGCAGUCUUGUGGGGGUGGCUCCCACUCCUCUUCCUCUUCCUCCUCCUCCUCUUCCUCCUCGUGCCACGGGAACUCAGGGGACUGGGACCCCAGCUCUUUCUUGUCUGCUCACAAGCUCUCGGGCCUCUGGAACUCGCAGCACAGCAACGGGGCCGUGCAGGGCGGCCCCCUCGGGGCCCCCCCGGCUGCACUAGGUGAGGCCUUCCACUCCUCAGAGCACCAUCAGCACUCGGACCUCACUGCUCCUCCCAACAGUCCCCCUGGCCUCCCCUCCCAGCCGCCAGCGCUGAUCCCCUCCAAACAGACGCCUGCCCACGCGGGGCCCUUCGGCUCCCCGCCGCGCGUCCCGCUGGGCCCCUCGCCCCCAGCCGCGCUCUUCCCCGCGCCCAGCGCGCAGGGAGCCGCCCUCAAGCCGGCGUCCGAGUCCCCUCCUGCUGGUGCCGUCUCACACAGUCCGGGCUCGUGUAAGAGCCCUCACCCACCCCCUGCCAACGUGCCGCUGCUGAAGAUGCCACCUCCGCUUUCGGGCUGCGCUCAUCCCUGCAACGGGCACUGCAGCACUUCGCUCAUCCCUCCUCCUGCCUCCCACCAGCUGCCCGGCACAAACAGGGACCCCUCUUGCAAAGGGCACAAAUUCCCAAACGGUAUCAGCUGCCACCCGCCACAGCCGUGCGAGGCAGACGAGGGGCUCGGGGAGGAUGAGGACAGCAGCUCGGAGCGCAGUUCCUGCACCUCCUCCUCCACCAACCAGAAAGAUGGGAAGUUCUGUGACUGCUGCUACUGUGAGUUCUUCGGCCACAACGCGCCCCCGGCCGCUCCGACGAGCCGCAACUACGCUGAGAUCCGAGAGAAGCUCCGCUCGCGCCUCACCAAGAGGAAAGAGGAGUUGCCGCAGAAACUAGGGCACAGCAGCGGCUCGGGAGAGCCUGCCGUGGACCACCGCAAUGUGGACGAGCUGCUAGACUACAUCAACAGCACCGAGCCCAAGCCCCUGAACAGUGCCAAGGCAGCCAAGCGGGCACGGCACAAGCAGAAGAAGAAGGAGAAGGAGAAAGCCCAGCUGGAGGCAGAGGCCCAGAAGCGGGCAGAGCGCAGCCCUGCAGCCAGCCAGGCCAGGGAGCCUGCCGAGGAGAAGCUGCUGGAGUGGCCGGAGCUGGAGCUGGAGCGGGUGAACAGCUUCCUCAGCAGCCGGCUGCAGGAGAUCAAGAACAGCAUCAAGGACUCCCUCCGGGCUAGCUUCAGCGUCUACGACCUCAACCUCGAUGUCAAUGACUUCCCCAAGAAGGCAGCUGUCCUGGAGCAGAAGAAUCUGCUCUCCCACCUCAAUGGCUCCUCUGACCUGCAGGACAUAGACCUGGCCCUUGCCCCGCUCAGCUUGGGCCCUGCCAAGAGCCACGCACUGCUGCGGGGCGAGCUGGGCCCGCGAUGGGGCGAGGGCCCCGGGGAGCCGGCGCCGGCGGACGAGAACGGUGUGGUGAAG